GCUGUCGACACUUCUGAUCCGUCAAUCAAGCAAACGUGAACGCGCACGUGGGGUACGCGCAGCACGCAGGUGCGUCUCACACCGCGGCGCUUUCAAAUUGUGUGUAUUAGCAUCAUCCCGGACUAGCAGGACCAGCUCGCUGGGAUUCAUCUCGUUAAAGGUGUCAAAAUAGCAGAAGGCCUCGCGUCGCCGAAGUUUAGACCGCUUUCCAAAUGCGCAGUCCUGAACAGUGAUGAGCAGGCGAGCUACAAUGGAAGAGGAGGGGUCAAUCAACUUCAAAGCUCUAAGGGCCAAGUUUCAGGAAGAGGCCCUUCUGGCUCAAUCCAAAAACAGACGACCAGCUGUUGCAGAGAAACCCAAACAUCUUCCACCCCCUGGAGAUCACUGCAGCUCCGUGGUUAGCAGUAUUAGUAUCGCUGUAGAAAACAAGACACCAGUGGUUCCCCGGGUCAUCUUCAGAGAUGGGCUGCGGGCAUCUGGAGGCAAACGACCAAUUUCCUUUCCACCACAACAUCAGCAGACUUCCAACUCUUCCCAGCUUGCUAGUGGAGACAGCAUAACAAGGCAGUCCCUCAAAGAGCGACACAUGCCUUUGGUGCUUCCUGUCCUGCCUGUAAAAGAGCAGAAGAUAGAACUACUAGUCAGAAAGGAGCAAAAACUGGAACCAGAGCCAGGAAAAGAGGUCCCGCCACAAACUAAAAUCAAGAAGAAAGGUUUGCUGCUUCCUUUCAAGUCAGCCAAAGCAUCAAAAGCCAGUGCAGAAAAUGGAGAGGAGCCCACUUAUGCUGAUUUGACCACGAGACCUUCUAGUGCUCCCGGCGAGUUGCCCUCUUUGGAAAAACAAACCACAGAAGAAGGGGUUUCACUCCAAAGUGAUCAAUCAACAGCUGAGUGCCCCCUCUCAAGCCCAGAUAUACCGAUCACUCCUCCGUCUGUCGAGAAAAGUGUUGACUCCGACAGCAGAAUCAUUAGCACCUUGGAGAAGGCAAAGAAGAAGUUCUCACGCCGGCAAAUGUUGAUAUCCACAAAACCCAAGAGCUUGCGUUCCCCUGACUACACCUCAAGAGACAAUGCGUUCCUUUCGCCACCAAAGAACAUUGAAGGUGUUGAGCCUGACCUCCCUAUACCCCCACCAGUCUGUCUUCCACACCUGGCUUGUAUUUCAGCCCGGCCUUUCUUCAAAGCCAACAACUCUGCACGUAAGUCUGCAUUGGCUAAGCAGUCUGGUAGGGAUCAAGCUGAACUUCCCUCUGUGAGGACCGGCGAACCUCAUCCACUCUCAUCUCCUCCAAACAAACCUUUACCUGACCUGUGGUCACUGGGGCCACUGCCAGCAAAGCCCCCCAGACCUCCAUUAGUAGAUCUUAGCCAUUACAAUCUACCUAAAGUCCACGAGGUGUCACCAGCUCUUAGCCAAGCACUAACUGAAGAGCCAGAGUCUGAGCACCCAUUCAUCACCAGCCCUUUGCUGGAUGCUCCAGAGUUUCCAGGGUUUGAGAAUUCAGAGAUGGAGACAACAGAGGGAGAAGCUGUUGAUAUUGCUGCGCUAGAAUUGGAGGCUUUAGACUUUGUCACCACUGACCUUCCUAUACCAGUUGACUUUGGGAUGACAGAUUUUGAGGCCUCCCAACCUGAUUUGUCAGUGUGUGACCCUGCAGAGUCCAGUGUUGGCUCUAUCGCCCAAGAUCUUAACCUUGGCAGUCAAAACAUUAUACCCCUCAAUCCAGCCAGCUUCUCUGAACCAAUAAACCUUUCAGAGUUCCCAGAGCCUGCUGCCCCAGAGCAGUGGUCUCAGAAUGAGGAGGCGAUCAUAGAUCCUCUGUCUAAAUCUCAAGCUAAUGAGACUGAUCUGGGAGCUGCUGAGUGCCUCUCUGUCCCAGAGGAAGAAGAGUUCACUAACCAUGCAGAAUUGAAUGAUGGCAUUCAGCCACAUCCAAGUUUAUGUCAAAAGGACAGUUACUAUGAAACAUGUGAUAAUGUGUACGAGGAUGUUGAAAACAUCAACAAAUUCAUCUUGGGCCAGAACUCUCGUAAACGUAAAGCUGAUCUGAAGAAUCCAUAUGCUGACAACCACCCAAUGGUAACUCCUAUUGUGUUUAUUAUCAUCUUAGAGAGUAAUAAGAGAACAAAGGAAGAGGCGUGUCUUAACAUAUGGCCGCGGAAUCCGUGGGGCAGUGUAUCAGGAGAACAUGCUCAUUCGUACCAUAAUCAUGUCCACAGUAAGGAACGCCAAAGCCCCAACACUGCUGACUAUAAAGAGCAUAAGAGGAGGGAGAAGCACCGACUGGAGAAGGAAAAAAAGGAGCAAAAAGAAAGGGAGAAGAAAGAAAAUGAAAUGAAAAAGAAGUUCAAGGUGACUGGCGAUGAGGAGCCCAUGUACCACGCCAAGGUGAUGGUGGCCAGAAAAGUCCGCAAGAAUGACCUGCCUGUGAAGAGUGGGGACACGGUCAGCAUCAUCCGCACCACUAACUGCCCCAAAGGCAAAUGGCUGGCUCGAGACGCAAACCACAAAUAUGGUUAUAUUUCAGUCAUGAACGUGGAGCUAAAUAUCAAGGAGAUGCUGGAACUUGGCAAGAAGGCCCAAGCAGCAGGACGAGGAGGCAACCUGGAGGGAGAUACUAUCAGCAUUGGGAGCAGAUCCUCCAGCCACCCUGUACUAACAAGCAGUUUCACAGAUGACAGUGAAGAGUGGGGCUGUGAAGAUGAGACUCUCUCACCCACAAAUGAAAGCCAUAGCUUUCCCCAGCAGACUUCCUCCAUGUGUGAGAUGUCUUGUGGCCAUAUCAGUGCCCAGCACACUCUGAGCGAUGCCAACCUGGAGGACCUACACACACAGACCAGACACGAAGCCCUGCAGAAACUAGCCAUCUUCUUUCAACACAGCAGAGAUGAAUUUGCUGAUGUCGCUGAUAGUGAAGGAGCAACACCCACAAAUGCUGAACCGCCAAAUUUCUUGUGUGCUGUUGAAGAGCCUCCGUAUCCUGAACAGGAGGUUGACUUCACAGAGCUGGAACUCCUUCCUCCCCCACCACUAUAUGCUGACCCCUUCUGAUUACCACAUCAGCUAAAGCUGGGAAUGUCAGGGUGAAAAAUCUCAACUGUACAGUUUACUUUUGAGGUUUGAUACAUGAGGAUCUGCUGUUGAAACUUGUUUGCCAUGUAUUUGAAAAUGUUUUUUUUGACCCUCUAAAGUGUAGAAAAGAAAACAUGAUCAUGAAUGGAGCUGUUUAUAUGACUGUAUUAUAAUGCAGAUUCACUUUUUUUUUUUUUUUACUUUAUUGGUGCAUUUUCACUUUAUGUUCUGCACUUUUUCUUUUCUUUGAAGUUGCUGUUAAAAAGAGGAAAUAGUGCAGAAAUUAAAUCUUUCUCCAAAGAGCAGUGACAUUAGGUAGCCAACUGUUCCCUUGUAGUAUCUUAUGUUUUUGUUUGUGAAUAUGUUCUUUGAAAUUGGAUUUUCUUUGGUUUGU